AUGGCAACCAACGGCUAUUCCCUCAAAAAUGGGGACCCAAAUGUUUCAAAUGGUACUCCCACAAUGAAUAGAACCCAUCAGCCAAAACCUAGGGUUCUCACCGUCGAUGAAGCUCUUCCAUUAACCCCAUUUACCUCUAUUGUCCCCUUCAACUCAGAUAUCGUACCCCUCCCAUUAGUGGGCCUCAGAUCAUCCGUAUCAUUAUUUCCAACUGAAGCCGAGCGUGAAAAUGGAAGGCAGGGUCUCGAAAGCCUCAAUCGCGAGGCUGCUGAUCCUCAAAACACUUCGCAGAGGCUACAGAGGAGCUUGGAUGAUCUCAAGGCGCUUCUGAAGCCAGAGGGAAUUCCUCAAUAUACAUUCAAAACUGCUCCCAAGUUUACACCAGGAUCCACUACGAACGAACAACCAAGAAUGACACUAUCACCUUUUGCAAGGAUGGUACUUGAUGGGACCGGUGUUGAAUUUACCUGUCCCUCACCUCCCCAUCCUCCACAGCCUCUGAGCUCUCGAGCAAAUAAGCCCAAGUCACCCAAGAAAUCGAGAGCCGAUCAAAGCCAACAUCAGCAACGAGCAGUAUCAAACCAAACGGCACACAACGAGAAUUCAACCAUUACAGUUCAGAUACCAAAGAAGCAGUCAAAACCGCAAGUUGCGACCCCUCCUCAACCUACACCCUUCAAGCCCAGCUCCGGUAUAUCGGUGGUUAUUCCAAGUCUUCCAAAUGACUUCCGACGUGAUCAGUACACACCAUCAAAAAAAUCUAUUAGUUCAUCUUCCACCCGGCCGCAAGUCCAGCAUUCAACCCCCAAUCCUCCAAAACCAGCACCUCAGCCUCACCAGAGUAGUGUACCUAUGGUGGAGAUUCCCAUUCAGACCUCCGAUCCUCUAAAAUCAGCUCCUCGGCCUCCCCAGAGUAGCGUUCCUUUGGUAAAGGUUCCCACGGUUCCCAUCCAAACCCCUACUCAACAAAUAGUACAGACUUCGAUCAAACCAGAGACGCCCAAAAAGCUGGCUCCACAACCUUCCCCAGCUGCUCCAAGGUCGGGAUCUAACCCUGCCUUGGCAGUUGUAAUCCCCGAUCUGCCUGCGACCUUCAAAGCUGAGGGUUAUGACGUGGUUCCAGAUUCACCCGAUACACCUCAGCACCUUUCACGGAAGCGAAAACGUUCUGAGAUUGAUGAGUAUGAAGAAGGUUCAUCCCUUACUGUUGACCAACGAGAAAAGGGAGAUGCAGCAGCUCGAAAUCUCCGUGUGUUUCUUCAGGAGAUCUUCGAGGUUGAAGAUCAGAUACAGCCGGAUGGAUUUUCAGGGAAUCAGCUUUUUACAUCCACCAGCGAAGGAAUAAGUCUUACCACCAUGGCCCAAACCAAAGUCGAAAGCUUGCUACAGAAAAUCAUAUCCGCAGGGCGCUUUACACAAGCUCCUCUAGACGAACUCCUCCGACUGCAGAAGCUCUCCGAAGGUGCGCUCAAGGAUUCAGAAAACAUUGACGUCAAAAUAUAUGAUAGUAUGGGAGACUCAGAAGUAGAGGCGUGGCUUCAGCAAGUCGAUAGUGCAGAGAUCGGACUUAAGGCCGCGAGAACGUCUUUGCGAUUAAUGUCUGGAGGUCGUGAGGACAGACAGCUCUAUUCCGAAGACGUCAUCUUGACAGCUCUGAACUCAUUUAAGAAUGUGGUGGAAAACUGCAUAGUUCCAGUCGUGGAAAUGCGCAGUUCUGGGUCUUCCUCAACGACAUUCAAACUAUUGUCUGCUCAAAAGAAAGUCAUCAACAAUUUGUUGACCCAAUGCCGACGCGUUCUCUCUCUCUUGGCGUCCCUCGUGGCCAAUAUCGAGCUUUCUGAAACUGUCAUCAACAUACUCGAGUUCACAACGUCGCGCUUGAUUUUUGUUGAAAACGCCCCGGUUGAACGUGACUCGAUUCUUGGGGUCGCGAGGUUUGAUAGCCUGCGUGUUGUAGCCAUGGAUGCUCUAGCCCAGAUUUUCCUCUGUUUCCCGACGCAGCGUCAAGGCAUUUUUGACGAGAUCCUUACUUCUCUGGAGAAACUGCCAGUCACGAAGCAAAGCGCUCGUCAAUUCAAGCUUGCGGAAGGAGGCAGCAUUCAGCUUGUUUCAGCAUUGAUCAUGCGUCUCAUUCAAACAAGUGCCAGUAAGCCCGAUGUCGCCAAGGCAAAGCGGAGAAAUAAAGCACUUGAAGCCCUCAAUGGAGAUGAUGAUGGGGACAAUGCGAACUCUAACGCCAAACAAGGUUCUGAUGUGCGGUAUACGGUCAACUCGGAGCCUCGAGCCGAACAACAAGCUGUGACAGCAAUCCAGGAGCUGAAGGAGGAAAUUUCUCCCCUUUUAGAUACUGCUAAAACCAACGCGAGCUACGUUGUGGGAUUUAUCGUGGGCAGAGCUAUGAAGUCUACUAAAACAGGCGAUGCCCCAUAUAGGAAUCUACUUGAUCUUUUCGUGGAGGAUUUUAUCACGUGUUUGAACUCACCAGACUGGCCUGCGGCGGAGCUCCUGCUUCGCCUUUUCCUCUUCAAGAUGGUGCACCUGGCAGAGGGUGAUAAAACACCUGCUCCAGCUAAGAAUAUGGCUCUCGACCUGCUUGGUCUCAUGGGCUCCGCCAUAUCUGAGCUCAAUUCGCACGUUCGGAAAACUGCCACGUCUCUAGAGACUGGAGACGAAUUAGCACAGUAUCUCGUGAGACUGGCUUUCUCGUCGCUCGGAAAAAGAGGCUCUCUUGCCGAUCUUGUAUCGUGGUCAUGUGGCCCAUUUCGGGUAUCGCUGGAGUAUCUUGAAGAGCGUUACUCUCAGGAUCCUCAAUUGCACAGCGCUAUUGGAUACUUCAUGGCUGAAUGGGCUUCCAAAAUUUGCUCGACUUUCGAGACGAUCGAUGAGGAUCAGGAGGACUGGACGCAAAUUGAAGCAGAAUAUGGGCGACUAGCUUAUCGCCUUCGGAUGAUGGUCAGCGAUAGGAGGUGGCUCUCGACCGAAUACAGCUUUGACACUGUCAGCCCACCUCAUGCACGUAUCGCAUACUCGUUAACCUUGCUUCAUUCGCAAUUCUGCGAAUCUUUUGGCCGAGUUCUCACAAUCCUGCUAGGAUCCAUGACUAGCGAACAAGCAACAGUUCGAAGUAAGAGUUUGAAGAGUGUAAACCAAGUUCUAGACACGGAUCCAACUAUUCUUGAUCGAGAACCGGCCGUGAUGAAUUUGAUACUGAGAUGUUCAAAUGAUGCGUCUGUACAAGUUCGCGAUUCUGCUCUCAAUCUAGUCGGAAAGUGUAUCAGCUUGCGACCUGCGCUUGAGGAAGAGAUGAUACCAGGUAUCUUACAGCGAGUCAACGACAGUGGUAUUGGUGUGCGGAAGCGUGCCAUGAGGUUAUCCAAGGACAUAUACCUACGGAAUACGAAUCGAGAUGUUAGGAGCUUAAUUGCCGAUUCUCUACUUCAUCGGGUGGUCGAUCAAGAUGAGGGUGUGCAAGAAUUAGCUCGACAGACAAUUGAAGAAGUUUGGAUGUCACCUUUCUACCAACCGACAUCUGUUGAGGACACGUCAGCCCAAUUCAGAUUGGGUAUGGCUGACCAUGUUGCGCUCAUGGUCAAGACCGUACAACGGGGCAGCGGCGUUUCUUCUGUGUUGGACAAGGUCUUGAAAAACAUGCUGUCGGAAGAUUCCAAGUAUGCCACGGCUAACUUUAAGGUCUGCAAAGCUUUGGUUGCCACCAUGUUCGAAACAAUCAUUGAUAAUCCUGCUGGCGAGGGAAACGAGGCUCCAUCCGCUCGUGAUACACUAUUAGUGCUCAUGAUUUUCGCUAAGUCGAACGCUAAGCUGUUCACUCCUGAGCAGAUCCAGCUUCUUCAGCCUUAUACUUCGAACGUAAGUGGUGGAGACGACAUGGCUAUUUUCCGGUCUGUAAUAGUCAUCUUUCGUCAUGUUUUGCCUCAUUUAUCAAAGGCUCAUAAUGCAUUUCUCGGUGAGGUAAGAAAGGUUCUUAUUCAACAAGUUGGACGUAUGGGACGAGCGAUCUUGGACGACUUGAUAGCCUGUCUAUGGAUAAUCAGCGAAGUUCUCGGAGACUUUCAAAAUCUGACUCGAUUGACGUUGUCAAGCUUGGUCGGAAUCAAUGGUCUGAAAAAUGUCGAUCUGAAUGAUCCUACCAAAGCAGGCCAUAUCAGAAAGAUCACUCGCCUCCUUUUGAUUGGCGGAAUGUGCGGAAAGCACUGCGACUUGAAUUCGCAUGCCGAGUUCUUCAAGCAGGCCUUCCCAACAUGGAAGGACAACUCUGUUUCCAAACUGAUGUGUGACACCUUUGCGCCGUUUGCGUCACCUUCACAGCCACUCGAGGUACGAAAGGGUGCUCUGGAUGCGAUUGGGAUGGUGUGUCAGUCUUGGCCAAAGAAUUUCUCUUCAGCCAAUAUAUACACUUCAUUCCGGGAGGUGUUCAAUGAUAAGAAUCCAGUAUUGGAGACAAUUGUACUGGGAGCCUUCAAGGAUUUCCUGCUGCUUGAAGAAAAGCGCUCUGAGGCCGGACGCGAAGCCUUACCUGGUGCUGCAGCAGAUCCCACUGCUAAAUUGGGCGUGAUGGGUGGUGGCCAAGGUGAUGGUGUUGCGAUUGGCAUAGCUCAAAGGUUUUUGGUAGACGUCGUCCGCAUCGCAUUGUCUCGUCAAGAUGAGCAAGGGCUUCUGGCGACAGAAGUGAUCGCCAGUGUAGCUAGACAAGGCCUUGUUCAUCCAAAGGAAUGCGGGGUACCAUUGAUUGCUUUGGAAACAUCCCAAAACUUAAAAAUUGCAGAGAUCGCUUUCAGAGAGCAUCGUGCGGUCCACGAGAAGCACGAGACAAUUCUAGAGAAGGAGUACAUGAGGGCUGUGCAAAUGGCAUACACCUACCAGCGAGAUGUGGCUAAGAACACCAACGGUGCAACCCUUAAUCCAUAUACUUCCAAACUUCACCAGAUGAUCGAAGUUCUGAAGAUCAGCAAAGUAAAGAACCGCAAAAGGUUCUUCGAGACUCUGUGCUCUCGUAUUGACUUCGAUCCCGCCAAAAUCGACAUCGAGGAGGUUCCGCAUCACUUAGACUUCUCUCAAUUCAUCAUUGAAAACAUGGCAUUUUUUGAGUACGCAACCGUUGAUGAGCUCUUAGCUGCUAUCACGGCAAUGGAAAAGGUGGUUGCGGCAACUGGAACUGGAAUCGCGCAUUCUAUCGAGACCGAGAUCUUCCACGUUAGUCUGGAUCAACCUUCUCAAGUUGACGCAAAUGGUCAAAUGCAGCCUAUCCAGCCUACCAUUGACCCACGUCGCAUGCAGCUUCUUACUGCUUCUUCCAUGAUGCUCACCAGUCUCUGGAGUGCUCGCACAUUCCUCAGACGCCAGUAUGGUCUCAUGAACAAACAGCGCGAUAACAAGAACAAAUCAGCAACCAAGGAUCUCAACAGAGCACCUGUGAAGGCUCAAGGAGUUAGUGGCGACAAAUUUUGGGAGGAUUCGUCUUCGACCAUGACCGCACUGGACUCAGAAGACAGUAUGAUGAAUCAAUGCCGAGCCUUUGUGGAGCUCUUGAAUGUGGACCACGAUUUCAAGGUUGCAGCAGAAGGAGACGAGGAGGCUGAACAAGCUAGGUUGAGCACACCUAGUGAAGACGAGGAGGGUACACCGGGCCCACCGGGUGGAAGUGGCAGAGGACGUAAGAGAAAGAGUGGCGGCACUCCUGGUGGUCGGAAGAAACGCGCUCGAUCAUCUUCUGUUCCACGUGGUCGUGGUAGAGCUAAAAAUUCCGGGAAGUCUAAAGCCAGUGUGGAGGGAAGCGACGGCGAGGAUGAUUGGUAG